AUGGUAUCAAACGUCGGGAGCAGACGCACACGCAAGAAGCAGGCAGUCACAAUCAGGCCCAACGAGCGGGUUCGAAUUGAAAAAAAGAUCACGUUUGAAGAGAGCGAACGGGACGAGGAGGAAUUCAGCAUUGACGAUGACCCUGCUGCUGGUAUAGACGACGGUGACAGGAAUCAAGUUCACCUACAAGCCGCACUGGCAGCACAAUCCGUAGGAAAGACCUCGACACGAACAGAUACCACCGCACAAAUUCCAAUCCCUACUUGCGAGGGAAUCGUUGUGAAUUACGAAGAGAUGUACACUUCUCCCUGGAGCGACCCCGACACAUACCUUGAAUUCUCAGAUACCGUUGAGCAAAGCAUUUCUUUCGCAUUCUUUGGCGGUGGCGUAUACUAUAUGGAUGAAUGUGACAAAGAAUGGCUCCACGGUGUGAAUGCAGAGAUCAGUCGCAACAAACGACGAUCUGCGAUGAGGACGACAAGGAGCGCGUCUGAUAUCACGGAAGACGAAUUUGAGUUCAUCAUGGCAUGGUUCGAAUGGUCAGCCACCUCCAAAGAGAAUCCAAAUUUCGUGCCCGAUAGCCAGGUACGCCCAGUGGAUCAUCAGCCAUUGAUCUCAUCCGAUUCCGGCGUCUCCAUGGAGGAUACUGGUGCAUCUUUGAAAUGGAAUAUCAACGACGAGUGGCUCAAGGACAGACUAUCACCGAUCACUAAGUUCGCAAGUUCCAAGAUCCCGAACUGGAUAUACUCCCUCCGGAGUGAACGGGUGCUUCAUUUAGGUCAAACUCUUUACCCUCAUUGGCAUCGACGACGGCUCGAGAAAAUCACCCAAGCAUAUAGGAAACACGCGACGGUCGACGAGGAACAGACCUUAGUAGCCACGCUGUGGUGGCAGGGGUAUAAAGGCGUGGGGAUAUGA